UGUCCCUCCUCGUCAUCCGUCGGUGUUUGCUGGAGAAAAGCAACGCUUGGUUGUUUGAGGCAGAGAUGGAGAGCGACACCGCUAUUAGAAGAAUAAAAUCUUACUGGAAGCAAAACAAUGAAAUAAAUAAUGGUUCUAAGGAUCAGUCUGGUUCAAACGGCUGCAGUGAGGUGAAAAAGAAACCCGAAGUGAACUUGAACUUGCUACACGAAGGCGUCGGAGUUGCACUGGUGACUGUAUUUAUUGUGGUGCUGUGGGGACUCGUUCAUUUAUCAUUACAGCAGCUAGUAAUUGGAAAAUCGACUGGCGAGUUCAAUGCAGUCAGGGCAAGGAAGCACCUGGAGCGCAUCACAAGCGUCGGCCCCCGUCCCGUGGGCAGCCGGGAGAAUGAGGUCCUCACCGUUAACUUCCUACUGGAGCAGAUUGAGCACAUCAAGGCCGACAGUGCCUCAGGGCCGCACUCUGUCACUGUGGACGUCCAGAAACCCACAGGUUCCUUCAGCAUCGACUUCCUGGGAGGCUUCACUUCUUACUAUGAUAAAGUGAGCAACAUCGCUGUACGGCUGGAGCCCAAGGCCGGGGCUCAGCACCUCAUGCUGGCCAACUGCCACUUUGACAGUGUGGCCAACAGCCCAGGUGCAAGUGAUGAUGCAGUGAGCUGUGCGGUGAUGUUGGAGGUGCUCCACUCGUUGGCCAACCUCUCCACUCCUCUACGACAUGGGGUGGUGUUUCUCUUCAAUGGAGCAGAGGAGAAUGUCCUGCAGGCGAGUCAUGGCUUCAUCACUCAGCAUCCCUGGGCCAAGCAAGUCCGAGCCUUUAUCAACCUGGAGGCAGCAGGGGUGGGGGGUAAAGAGGUAGUGUUUCAGACAGGUCCUGAAAAUCCCUGGUUGGUCCAGGCGUAUGUCCACGCUGCCAAACAUCCCUUUGCCUCGGUUGUUGGACAGGAAGUCUUCCAGAGUGGGGUGAUCCCAUCUGACACAGACUUCCGCAUCUACAGAGACUUUGGAAACAUUCCAGGCAUUGAUUUGGCCUUCAUUGAGAAUGGCUUCAUCUACCACACCAAGUAUGACACACCGGACCGAAUCCUGACAGACUCCAUCCAGAGGGCUGGUGACAACAUCCUAGCAGUACUGAAGCACCUUGCGAUGUCAGUGGAGCUGGCGGAUUCGUCACAAUAUCGCCAUGGAAACAUGGUGUUCUUCGACUUGCUUGGCAUGGUGGUGGUGGCAUACCCGGCCCACGUUGGCACCAUCAUCAACUACCUGGCUGCCAUGGCAACCUUCCUCUAUUUGUUUAAGAAGUCCUCCCACCCGAGCAACAUGGGGUGGCGCUACUUGAAGGAGCUAGCCAACGCCACGGCGGUGGUUAUCCUCAGCUGGUUGGUCACACUGUUGACCGUGCUCAUCCUGGCCGUGCUGGUGUCGCUGAUGGGACGUUCCAUGUUCUGGUACAACGACUUCUACACAUGCAUCUUUCUGUAUGGUUCUGCUGCUACGGGGACAAUGGUCCUUAUUCACACACUGGCCAAGAAUCUCUACUACGGGGGUGUGCGUCGUCUGGAGCUGGGGGAGCUCUACUUUGAUGUGAGCCUGUUGCUGUGGAGCGCUGCUCUGAUUUUCCUCACUGCUAACGAUCUGUGCUCGGCCUAUGUCCCCAUGCUCAUGGUGGCCUUCCCUCUAGUUACCAAGUUGCUCCUGACCAGGGAGUUCAGACUCAGAGGUGUGUCGAUGAAGUACUCUAUUCUCUAUCAGCUGGGUCUUGGUCUGCCCUACGUACACUUUAUGUUUCUGAUCUGGGUGGUGUUUGAGAUCUUCACGCCCAUCCUGGGGCGCUGUGGAACAGAGAUCCCCCCAGAUGUGGUCUUGGCCACCCUUGUCGCCCUAACUGUCAUCUUCCUCUCAUCCUUUUUCCUCCACUUCAUCUACCUGGCCAGGUCAACUAAGUGGCUGUUGGCAGGUCUGGGAACAGUGUUCACUGUGUUUCUGUUGCUGGUGUCUUGUGGUCUGUUCUUCCCCUACACAGCAGACCCCUCUGCUCCACGGCCUAAACGGGUCUUCAUCCAGCACACCACCCGAACGUUCCAUGGUCUGGAUGGUCAGGUGGAGAGCAAAGACUCUGGGCUGUGGAUCAACAGCUUUGACUACACUGGCAUGCAACAUAUCACACCUCUCAUACCAGAGAUCAAUGACACUAUCAGGACGAGUUGUCAUGAUGACAGGCCUUUCUGUGGCUUUCCCUGGUUCCUACCCAUUAAUUUCCUUGCCAAGAAGAACUGGUACCUCCCCGCCCCUGAGGUCUUUCCCAAGUCUCCUGUGAAGUUUCAGCUCCUUUCUAAAGAAGAGACAAAAUGGGGAACAGUUAAGAUGACUUUCGAAGUCAAAGGUCCCAGCCACAUGUCCCUCUAUCUCAAACCCCACCAAGACGCCACUCUGUCCAGCUGGUCAUUUGGGGAUGGAACCCCGAAACUUGACCUGGCUGGAGAGUACUUCAUAUUCUACUCCCAUGGCCUGGAUGCCCCUGUAUGGAACUUCUGGUUCGAAAUACAGCCACCCAGAGAGCAGGGCCAAAAAGGCCCACUGGGGAUGAUCUCCGUAGCCUUCUCAGCUCACUACUUCUUUGGAGAGGAUCAGAGGACUGUUCAGCUAAAUAACAUGCUAGACAGGUUUCCCAAGUGGGCCUUUGCCUCUUCCUGGGUCUCCACUUAUCACAUGUACCGAUACUGACACCUAGGCCUAUCACAUGUAACAAUACUCGGAUAGGUUGUUCCACCAAUUCGGUGCCUUUUGAGACGCGUAACUUGGUCAAAGUUCUUACCGUUCUGUUAUAAUGUGCACAUGUUACAUUUAAAAAUGACUAGUAAGUGCCUAUUAAGUGCCAAAUAAAGCCACAGGGUUGAAUGCCACAUGGUUGAUCACCACAGGUUGAUUUCAUCCUGAAUCAGCCAUAAACCCCCUGUGACAGGUAGGCUUGUUAUGUUUAAAUUGGAGGGACAGUUUUUUGUUUCAUAAAAAUUCUUUAUCUUUAGGUAACAGGGUUGACCUACUAUACUCAACCCACUUUGUUCACUACCACAUAAAAAAACAUAAAUGGCCAAAAGGGAACAACUAGUUUACCUGCUUUUACUCUGGUUGAAGGUAUUAGAAAUGAAAUACAUAAAAAAUAAUAGUUUCACCAUAAGUGUUUUAUUGAUGUAACAGUGUUGAUGCAAAAAUAAGUGACUUAAGUAACUGUAUUGCUAGUUACAUGAAAUACAUAUUGAUCUUCAAAAAUGACUUUGUCAAAGCAACAUAAGACUUUACAAUCAGGUAAACGUUAAGAAAUUGUGGGUUAAAAUCUUUACUACUGAAUUUUGGCAGUUUAUUCUUAAUAUACGACAACACCCGUUUUAAUGCAUUAUUGGUGCACAACUUCAAUUAAAGAUAUCGAAGGGUACUCAUUUUGUGGAACAACCCAAAAAACUCAGCCUGUGGUUGGGCUUGCUUCACCUCCAUUACAACAUGGAAACAAACAAACGUCAGAUGAUUUACACAGACACCAAACAAACAGUAGGACAAGCAUAUGCCCAGUUGCGUAUUGAAGAGACCCCCCCCCACCACUGUGUCAGUAGGCUAGUUACUAACAGAGCCACUAAAGCCAAACAACCUUAUUUAUGUACAGUGUAGGAUCAACUGACCAGGUUAUGGUCCACUGAUGCCGUGUAGAGUUCAUGAUUUCAUUUUGUACACUGUAUUUUUUUUCUUGGUUUUUUGUAUGUGGCGUUGCAUGUUUUCUACCUCCCUUCAUCUCUGCCAACAAGCAAGAGGUCAGAAGCAUCUGCAGCUAACAGUCUUAAACAACAUAAGCUUUAGUUUCAUUUAAUAGGCUGCUGGGCCUGAUGAAUGAUUACCUUUCUGUCAUCUCUGGAUAUUGCCUUUCCAGGGAUAAGCUUAAAUGGAUCACUUUUUGAUUUUGUUUUCUUCACACUGCUUCAGAUUUUUACACUUUAGGGAAAUCAAAUUAUUAACUUUGAAAAAGUUAACUGAACCUCUUAAGAAGGUUAGUGUGAAUGUGAAACUAACUGCUUUUGAGUUACAUUUCCAUAAAAAAUAUUAAAAUCAUGUAGCAAAGCAAGUAAAUAGCAAUGCAUUGAUUUACUAACUCAAUGACCUUGUACUUUUGUCUCUGAAUCAGUAAUUAAGUUAGCUAGGUAGUUGUAAAACAUUUUUUUUUACAACUCUUUCAUUCUUUUUUGCAAAUUUAUCUCCACUCAACCAAUGGUGCUUCUUUUCUUUUUUCUAAAACUCACAACCACAGUGCUUGAACAUGCCGCUUUAAUUCACUCCUCUUUUUUGUGUUCUAUGGAUCAGAAACUGCAAUGUAUCAUGGAAACUAUCCAUGAUAGAUCAGUCAGUCUGUAAUUGCUUGAUGGUCUUUAAAACAGCCAAUGUCUAAUCUAUGUUACUUCCUGUAAAGAGUUUUGAUAUAACAGUAAAAUGGGUUUUGAUAUUUU